UACUCCUUUUUAAGUUUCUACACUCUCUCUCUCACACACACAUAGGAAAAUAAAAAGAGAGAGAGGCAGGGAGAGUUUUCAGUUUUCACAAGACAAGCUUUUCAGAGAGACAAACAGGCCUAUGAUAAUAUAAACUCUCUGUUUUUGCUCUGUUUUCUUGCUCUGUUUUUUUGGGGUUUGGUGCUUUGUUUUUAAUUCUUAAAAACACAUAUGGAGAAGCACAAGUGUAAACUAUGCUUGAGGAGCUUCUCUAAUGGUAGAGCUUUGGGGGGUCACAUGAGGUCUCACAUGUUGAAUCUUCCAAUUGUUCAAAAGCCAGAAUCACCACCACCACCACCACAACCACUACCACUACAACCACAACCACAACCACAACAUCCACCACAGAACCAACUCAGUGGGACUGUGUCAGCUUCUUUAUCAUUUUCCUCUUCUUCAGAAGAUGAUGGUGAUGAUGAUGAUGAUGAGAAGGGUAUCUAUGGGCUAAGAGAGAACCCAAAGAGAAGCAUUCGUAUGGUAGAUCCUGAAUUCUCUUUUGCUGUGGAUGCUGGGUCUGUGGUUCUUCAAGACAGAGAGAGCGAGACAGAGUCUUCGAAGAACCCAACUAGGAAACGAUCCAAGAGGACUCGGACUUUGGACCAAAGCUUCCACCACCAGUACCAUCACCAGAGAAUUCAAGAACAAGCUGAGGCCAUGAAGAAGCAGCUGAAAUUCAAGUACAAAGCUGUUGCUGCUGAUCAAUCAUCGUGGGCUGAGCCUGAGCCUGAGCCUGAGCCUGAGCCAGUGAGUUCGAUCUCCGAUGCCACCACAGAAGAAGCUGUUGCCUUUUGCCUCAUGAUGCUUUCAAGAGACAAAUGGAAGAAACAAGAACAACAACAACAACCACAGGAUAACAACGAAGAUGAUGAUGUUGAAGAAGACGAAGAAGAAGAUGAAGAAGAAGAAGAAGAACAAGAGCAAGAACAAGAAGAAGACGAAGCUGUGGAGAGCGAUGAGUCCGAGGAGCCGAUCAAAUUGUCAAAGACAACUACUCGAACGCGUGGCAAAUUCAAGUGCGAGACAUGUAAGAAAACUUUUCGAUCUUAUCAAGCACUAGGUGGGCACAGAGCGAGUCACAAGAAGAUCAAGUUGAAUUCUAGUACUACAACUCCAGCUAAUAAUUAUGAGCCCAAAUUGGAGCACCAAAAUGUGGGUACUCCAGAGAAAAAGAUUCACGAAUGCCCAGUUUGUUUUAGAGUGUUCUCGUCAGGACAAGCUCUUGGUGGACACAAGAGAACCCAUGUAACUGGUUCAACUUCAACACCAGCUUCUGCUAGAGCUUCAAGCAAGCUUGGACAAGCUUUGAUAGAUCUUAAUCUUCCAGCUCCAAUGGACGAUGAUGACAUUAGUCAAAUCGAGCACUCAGCGGUUUCUGAUGCAGAAUUUGUGAACCCCAUUAGGCGAUGAAGAUGAAUGAAGUUCAGCAUUGAAAAAAAAAA